UCCUGCACUGGCAGGACGCUGCUGGCGGAGCUCGGCAUGGAUCCGGUGGAGACCUGGACCCCCGGGAAGGUGGCAGCCUGGCUGAGAGGUCUGGACGAUUCCCUGCAGGACUAUCCCUUUGAGGACUGGGAGCUGCCUGGCAAGUACUUGCUCCAGCUGUGCCCCCGAGGCCUGGAGGCUCUGACAGUAUGGCCUGUAGGCCACCAGGAGCUCAUUUUGGAUGGGGUGGAACAGCUCCGGGCCCUGAGCACUGGGCUACAAACAGAGAACCUGCAGAGCCUGGCCGAGGCACUACUCGGCGGGACCCAGGCCUUCCAGAGCUUGUUCCAAGCAUGCCUGGGGGACUCUGCUGAGAUCCCUGCGGAAGUCCUCAGUGCGGCUGUAAAGAUGGUGCGCGAAGCUCGUGCUCUUCUCUUCUGGCUCAACAGGUACCUCUUCUCCCAGUUAAAUGACUUCUCAGCCUGCCAGGAGAUCGGGGCAUUGUGUGGGGAGCUGAGCCAGGCUCUGCAAGAGGACUGCCCGAAGGCUGAAAAGAAAAGCAAAGUCCUGAGGAUCUGCAGCCAUGUGUCUGGAAUCUGUCACAACAUCCUAAACUGCACCCCCGAGGAGCUGCUGGAGCAGAAGGCUGUGCUACAAGAGGUGCAACUGCAUGAUCCUUCGGGCCUGAAAAUCCAAACCACCAGCAACUGCCUGCACUUUGUGUCCUGCGUGGGCACCCAGGUCUCCACCGACCCCCAGCUACAGAUCCUGCCUGGAGAUGAGGUGGUCCAGAUCAAUGAGCAGGUGGUGGUGGGCUGGCCCCACAAGAACGUGGUGAAGGAGUUGCUGGGACACCCUACCGGGGCCAGAGUCAGCUUAGUGCUGAAGAAGAUCCCAGUGCCAGAGACCCCCCCACAGACACCCCUCGACUCCCCUCACCUGAGAAGCCAGUCACUGGCCAUGAGCCCCCUGUCUUCCAGGGUCCCAUCUGAAGAAGGCUUUGCCUUCAACCCAACUUCAGACCCAAGUCCUGCGCCCAGCCCUGCUUGGACAGACUCUACCUCCCUUGAACACGAGCCCCUGCCCACCGCCCCUGCAUCUCCAGCCACAUUCCCAGCAGGAGCAGCAGAGACUCCCUGGUCCCCAGGACACCCUAACAAGCAUUCACCCCUUGGUCGGAAGAAAUCCAAAGGCAUGGCGACAAAGCUGAGCCGCCGGCGGGUAUCAUGCCGUGAGCUGGGCCGGCCAGACUGUGAUGGUUGGCUCUUGCUGCGCAAGACACCUGGUGGCUUCAUGGGUCCACGCUGGCGCCGCUGCUGGUUCGUGCUCAAGGGACACACGCUAUACUGGUACUGCCAGCCCCAGGAUGAAAAGGCCCAGGGCCUUAUCAAUAUCUCCAACUAUAGUCUGGAAAGUGGACAUGAUCAGAAGAAGAAAUAUGUGUUUCAGCUCACACAUGAGGUGUACAAACCCUUUGUCUUUGCGGCUGAUACCCUCUCUGAUCUGAGCAUGUGGGUCCGGCACCUUAUUACCUGCAUUUCCAAGUACCAGUCUCCAGGCCAGACUCCAUCAGCUCGAGAAGAAGACUGCUACAGUGAAACAGAGGCGGAGGACCAUGAUGAUGAAGCUGGAUCCCGCUCAGCCUCACCCAACCCAGCACAGACUUGGAGCCCACUCCUCGGAGAUACAUCCCCCUCGGGCUCUGUGAUGACGCAGCGCAGCCCACGGGCAUCCCUGGCUGCCCUAACAGACGGCAGUGAGGGAGCACUGGAAGGAAUGGUUCAGGGGCUGAGGCAGGGUGGUGUGUCCUUCCUGGGCCGGCCACAGCCCCUGACCCAGGAACAGUGGCGGAGCUCUUUCAUGCGGCGCAAUCGAGACCCCCACCUCAAUGAGCGAGCACAUCGCGUGCGGGCACUACAGAGCACCCUCAAGGCAAAGAUGCAGGAGCUACAGGCUCUAGAUGAAGUGCUGGGUGACCCUGAGCUGACUGCAGAGAAGUUUCGCAGGUGGAAGGAACAGAACCAGGAACUGUACUCAGAGUGUCUGGGGGCCUGGGGAGUGGUGCCUGCAGACGGCAGCUCCCAAGCCCAGACCUCUGGCUCCACACAACACUCUCCCCUACCCUCUGGCCCACAGGAGCCCUCCCAUGUUUGCCCCUUGACCCCAGAGAAUAACCUCCAACCUCCUGACCUGUGACCCUGGCCAGUACCCUAGCUUCCGACUCCUGACCCUGAGGACCACCUCAUCCCCAGCCCCUGACAUACCUAAGACAGCCUAUCCCUAGGUUCUGUUCAGGGCUGGAAAUAGUGCCAAUAUCAUUUCUGCUCCUGUUUCCCUUAGAGUGGGAUAAAGUGAGCUAUUACCACCCUCUCUCCUGAGAAACCACCCCCAUCCUCAGAUUUGAGGGGCACACCCUAACCCUUAAGUACUGCUCACUUCCUCAAAUUGAUUCUGGACAUGAGAUGCACUUUUCCAUCAAAUAAAGUCAGUUUCUCUGAAUUGAA